CAAGCAAAAAAAUGUGAACAGGCUUCACUCGAUCGAGUUGGCAACCAACAGCAACCAGUCGCAAUGUCGGUUGUUCGCUACGAUGUCCCAGGUUGCGGACUCAGCCAAGAUUCCGCCGUGUAAGAAUGGCUUGCCUUGGCUCUGACUUCUUUGAUUUCAACCGUUUGGAAGAGCCACUGAACGUGCCAUGCCUGUAGUUGGUGGGUUUCUUUCGUAACUUUUGGACUGGAGAUAAUUAUCUAGAUAAUUUUAUCAUAAUCGAGACCAGCUUCUGUACAUUUGAUUUGCUGAUUUCGGAGAAUACGCACGUGGCACUGAGGAAGUGGACUUCAGGCAAAUAUGGAUCCUGUGGACAUAGGUACUGAGCUGCGCAAGAUGAGCAGCAUGGGAGAGGAAACAGCAGCGUUGCCACAUCCAGAAUCGCCGGUGAAAACAGUUGCUGACUUGCCCAGCCAUCACUGUGAGGAAUCUGAUUUCCAAUCCCAUCACCGUGAUCAUAUAUCUUACCAUGAGCCGAUGCAGCGGCCACACCACCACCACCACCAUCAUCAUCACAGGCACCACCACUCGCACCGCAAACAUCACCAGCACCGUGAGUCUCUGCAGGUUCAGUCGAGAACGCGAGAGAUGUCCAUAUCGACACAGGCGACAGGUAUCCUCGGCACCUUGUCGAUGGAAAAUGUCACAGAGGAAACACCGGCCGAUGCUGAAUCCAUGCGCAGUACGUCAUUUACGGUAGAUAGUGGACGGAAGGAAGAUGGGGCAGCGGCGAUGAUCUCUCCCCGAAAAAUGCCACCACCAUCUCCAAGUAAAGUGGUCUUAUCACGUCCACAGUUACCAACUGGUUCGGGUAGUGGGCCACAGAUACCAACUGCUGCUGACGGCACAGCUUCUCCCCGACCGACCGACUUGGGGUUUGGCCCCAAGCCCAAUGAAACGCGUAAAGAGCGCCAUCAUCGCAGGAGACACGAGGAAAAAGACAGGAAGCUUGCGUCCGGCAGCCACGAUGGCCAUGAAGGCUCGGACUCACCUGGUCAUCGCAAGCAUCACCACCAUCAUCAUCAUCGCCGACAUCACCAUCAUCACCAUCGGCGGUCUGUAGCGGCGACGCAUGGCAUGCCAACAGAACUGGAGGAAGCGCUCGCCCUGCCGGGCCGAGAUCUUGAUGAUAUGGCCGCUCACCGGUGGGACGCGCCAAGGAAGCAGUCGCUGAUUGACCGGCGCAUCAACGAUGCCACCACUGCUGCCGGUCCGGUGGUACCUGUUGCACAACAUGUGAAAGAAAUCGAUCAUCGGCCACAUGACAUGUUUGUUGAGCUGGAAGAGCUGCAAUAUGGCGAGGGCGAUAAGCUGCAAUGGCGUGAGACUGCUCGUUGGAUAAAGUAUGAAGAAGAUGUUGUUGAAGAAGCCGAUCGCUGGGGUAAGCCUCACGUUGCCUCGCUAAGCUUUCACUCGCUUCUGCAGCUGCGCACGUGCAUCGAGCAUGGUACGGUUCUCUUGGAUCUUGAGUGCGAUGAUUUGCCAAGCAUUGCUGGCGCUGUUGUGGACAAUAUGAUUGCGACGGAUCAGCUACCGGCUCAGCUACGAGAGCCCAUCCUGCAGGCACUGCUGUUGCGUCAUGUUCACCAAAGUGAUCCACACUCGACGCGUGAAGAGGCACCAGCAUCGCAGACGGCCCACGCUACCCAAUCCCUGCCAAUGGUCUAUGAUGCCGAGUCGGGCCUGGGCACGCCGACAGCCAAGCUGAAGCAGUACGGGAAACUCCGGGAAAGCGCAGACUCUGUGAUUGCCACCGCCACUAGCACGGACAUGCCAGGCGUGCGGCGCUCGUCCACGCACAUGUCACGCCAACUAUCUCAGCAGUUCUCUCAGAGCUACUCUCUGGUCUCUGCUAACAGUUCCGCUUCUGCCCAGCAAUCUGGCUUCUUGAAAGAGGAGCCUGAAGCGUAUCAUGAUCCACACUUGCACGAGGACAGCGGUAACGAGCCACAGCAUGAUCCGGUCACAGCCAGUUUCAUGCCUCCUGACCCUGCUGCUGCUGCUGGCGGCAGCGGAGUGCAACGACUAGAUUCCGUGAAGGAGUCCAACGCACCGGGGACGUUCACGCCACCGCGGAGGAACAGCUUCUCAAUGGCCGUUGGUGGCAGUGAAGACCUGGGUGUGCGUGACCUGAACACUUUGCUGGAGCAAACCCUGGAAGCCAAAAUGGCGGUGGAGGAGGAAGACAACCAGCCACUGCCCAAAGAAGAGCGUGAACUUCUGGAGCACUUGGCGCCGGACGUGGAAGCCACCACUGUCCUGGUGGGUGCGCUGGACUUCCUCACCCGUCCUACCAUUGCGCUUGUGCGUUUGUCCGAGGGCCGGCGUCUAGGUCACAUCACUGAAAUUCCUAUUCCUGUCCGCUUUCUGUUCGUUCUGCUGGGCCCGCCGAAUUACGAUUUCGGCGGCCUGGGCUCCACAUCUUAUCAUGAAAUCGGCCGAGGCAUUGCCACGCUGAUGGCCGACAAGGAAGUCCUGGAGGAUAUCUACGCUGCUGAGCACCGCUCUGAUAUCUUGCACACGUUUGAUCUGUUCCUGGAUGAUAGCAUGGUUCUACCUCCGGGUCGCUGGGAAGACAAGGACAAGCUGGACCUCCACCACCACGCGCUGCAGCAGCGCUCCCGUUCUCGCCGUCUUCGAAAGCAAGACCUUCCAGCAACCCCGCCGUCUGGCGGCGGCGACGACGAUGACGACCCGCUUGCCCGCACCGGUGUAUUCUGCGGCGGCAUGAUCAAGGACCUGCGGCGGUUGCGUCGCCGCUACAUCAGCGACUUCAAAGAUGCGCUGUCGCGGCAAGUCUUCUUCACAGCACUGUUCAUGUACUUCGCUGCCCUCGCUCCUGUCAUCACCUUCGGUGGGCUGCUCGAAAAGACCACAGAGAGCAACAUUGGCCUGAGUGAGAUGCUGGUGGGUACAUCCAUUGGUGGUAUGGUGUUUUCCUUGCUCGCCGGCCAACCGUUGAUGCUGAUCGGCCCCACUGGUCCACUGCUGGUCUUUGAAAAGCUGAUCUACAACUUCUGCAAGGCCAACGACUGGCCGUUCAUGCAGUUCCGCUUCUGGACGGGCAUGUGGGUUUUCGUCAUAUUGUUCGUGGUAGUUGCGACCGACGCUAGCCUGCUGGCUAAGAAGUUCACUCGGUUCACGGAAGAAGUGUUUGCAUUCCUCAUCGGCUUCAUCUUCAUCUAUGAAGCGCUGAAGAGUGUGUAUGAUUCCUUCCAGGCAAACCCGCUCAACUUUGAGUACUGCACAUCAGAGCACUGCUCCGUCGUCAAUAGCAACGCAAGCUUUGUGAAUGGCACCGGUCCGACGUCGCUGUACACCAGUAGUGAUAGCUGGUCAAACAGUUCACAGGAUGCACUGCAGUGCAGCCGCAGUGCGGCGUUCGAGAUGCAGCUUAAGGCUGGUGGAGCGCCGAAGAACUUGCCCAACACAGCCCUGGCCAACAUGCUGAUUGUGUUUCUCACGUUUGCCUUGUCGUUUUUCUUCCGCUUCCUUCGGCACUCAAAGUACUUGAGCAAGGGGAUCAGGCGUACGGCCAGUGAUUUUGGCGUUGUCAUCACCAUCAUUACCGCCGAUAUUAUUGCUCAUUUUGGUCUUGGCGUAGAACUGGAGUUUGUCAAGCAGCCGUCGUUUGGCACUACACUGAGCCGCUCCAUACUGGUGGAUCCACUCGCCAAUAACAUGUCUGUUGCGCUUGUGUUUGGAACAAUGAUUCCUGCCUUUUUGGUGGCGUUUCUGGUCUUUGUGGAAACGCAAGUCACUUGUCUGAUUGUCACCAGUCCUGAUCAUAAGCUGGUGAAAGGCCAAGGUUUCCACUGGAAUCUGUUCAUAGUGUCUGUCCUGAUAGCUAUUUCGUCGGCUCUCGGUCUGCCGUGGCUGUGUGGGACGCCGGUUCCAUCGUUGUCGCACACCACUAGUCUUCUAGUGUACGAGAAGACACGUGCGCCCGGUGAGCGGCCCAAGAUAGCCGGAGCUGUUGAACAGCGUGUUUCUAACUUUGCCAUCCACGCUCUGCUGCUGAUCACCUUAGUGCCGGCCGUCACCAGCCUCUUGAGUGAAGUUCCCGUUAGCGUUCUCUUUGGCGUCUUCCUCUACCUCGGCGUGGUGUCGCUGCUGGGAUUGCAGUUCGCGCACCGGCUCGUUCUGUUGAUCGUGCCACCCAAGCACCACCCGGACGACGUGGCUUAUGUGCGCCUGGUGCGCCUGCGUCAGAUGCGCAUCUACACGGUCAUCCAGCUGCUGUGCCUGGGCGUUCUGAUUGCAGUGAAGCAGACCGCGGCCUCGCCGGCGUUCCCGCUGAUCAUUCUGCUGAUGGUGCCGCUGCGUAACAAAGUGGUGACACGCUUCUUCAGUGAGCGCGAGCUGGAGGCACUGGACCCGCAUGAAACUAGUAGUGUUGAUUACGACGCAGAGAGCUUUGAUGAAUACGAAGCUACUCAUUUGGCUGUGUAGAGUAAUGCUGUCGCUAUUUUGAAGUACUUUCCCCGUCCCCCCCCCCCCCCCCCCCCCCCCCCAUGACUUCUUAUGACGUUGAUGCGCAUAUUUGAUGAUUGGAUAAUGGUGCCGCCGGUCGUAUCCAAUCCAAUUCUGUUGCCUUUUAAUUUUAUUUUAGGACUGCGCCUUUUUUUAUUGCUCUUCAACAUCUUUGUUGUGCUGCUCAUUUCUGCACUGUGUGAAUUAAAUAGGGAUUUAAUCGAAGGGGAACACCGCACCGCGUGUUAACUAACUUGUAUGAAUUCGAUUUUGAUAUUUCUCUUUUUUUUGUGUUUUUUUCAACAUACUAUUUUACUAUCUACUAUUUUUAUAAUUACCCUGACCCAAAAAAGUCUUCACUCGUUUCGAUGAGCCGUGAAAUGGAUUAAAUUUUUUUUUUAAAUAUAUCUAUUAGUAAAGCAUAGGCACCAGUGUUCAUUUGUUUCAGUAGCCCCGGUGGAGUUCGGGAGUUCCUAGACAGAUAAUAACGACCUCGUCCGAUCCUACAUUCACGUCUUCAUGA